AUGAAAAUCUUCAGAGAAAAGAACAUCGCUGUUUCAAGAAUGGUUAACACUUCGCUACUCCAAAGCAACAUGACCCAAGUGUCCCUCCUGUCCAACAAGCUGCUGGAGUACACAAAGUUGACUAUAAUACUCCUGAUCAUACUGGGCUUUUGUUUCUUCACCUGCUUUGUCACAAUGAUACUGAAAGUCUUCUUCAUGACCCCACACCUCCGAUACAGCUCCCGAUACGUCCUCUUUGUCUACAUGCUCACCAAUGAUACAUACUUUGUCUACUUGGGCUUCUAUUUGGUGAUUUCUUCUUUUUAUGAAUUACAUAUUCCCAUAUCUUUAUGUUUCUUCUUGUACAGCCUCGGAAACAUAGCCUAUAAAGUAACCCCUUACAGCCUGGCGGCCAUGGCCGUAGAACAAUACGUGGCUAUUUGUCACCCACUACGACAUGCGGAGCUCUAUACAACCUACAGAGCUCGUGUGACCUUCACCAUGAUAUGUUCCUUGUUGGCCGGCCUUCAAGUAAUCGAACUAUUUGUCAUGGUCUCCUCGAUUACCAAUAUAUUGGAUCUUUAUAUUAUAUGUAGGACGACUUUGCUGGUAGUUAAUCCCAUUCAGAAUGUUUUGAGGUCCAUCAAUGUCAUCCUCUGCUUCUCCUCGGUGGGAUUGGUCAUCCUGGUUACUUACAUCAAGAUUAUGGUUGUUGCUCACAGAAUAAGUUCUGGUUUGUCUUUGGCUUCAAAAGCCGGAAAAACCGUCAUGCUCCACGCAUUUCAGCUACUUUUAUGCAUGGCGUCCCUGUUCUCCAGUCUAACAGAGUCCAUUGACAUCAACCAGGUUGAGCUUCUGUCCCUUAUAAACUUUUUUCUAUUUACUUGUGUUCCAAGAUUCCUCAGCCCAGUUAUUUAUGGAUUCCGCGAUGAAACGCUGAGAAGACAUAUUAAGUUAUCUUUAGCACAUAUUACUCAUAACUUUUACGGUAAGAAAGUCUUUAGAUAA